UCCAUCGUACCACCAGUUCGCAAUCAUGGUUAAUUAUGGCGUCGUGCUGCUGCUGAGUGUUGUUUCGUUGAUGGCUGGGUCGACCACGAGUGUACCGAUGUCUCCUGGGUACGGUGGAUAUUCUUACCAAACCACAACGGCGAAGGAAUACUACCCCACGCCGCCGCCUUACUACACAACAACAUACGCUACACCGACCUACUACACCGAGGCCCCCAAGUACUACACCACAAAGGCACCCGAGUAUUACACCACAACGUACGCUGCCCCUAGCUACUACACCGAAGCGCCAAAGUAUUACUCUGCCCCGAGCUACACCACAAAAGCGCCCGAGUACUACACGACUACGUAUGCUGCCCCGACUUACUACACCGAGGCUCCCAAGUACUACACCACCAAGGCACCCGAGUAUUACACGACUACCUACGCUGCCCCAUCUUACUACACCGAGGCUCCAGUUUAUUACACCACAACUUACGCCACACCUAGCUACUACACCGAAGCCCCCAAGUACUACACCGAAAAGGCCGAAUACUACACAACCACGUAUGCUGCCCCAGCCUACUACACCGAGGAACCCAAGUAUUACUCUGCUCCAAGCUACUACCAAACAGAGGCUCCUGUUUACUACACCACCAAGGCCCCCGAGUAUUACACCACAGCUUCUUACUACACUACGACGUAUGCUGCCCCCAGUUACUACACUGAAGCUCCAGUUUACUACACCACAACAUACGCCGCCCCAGCUUACUACACCGAGGCUCCCAAGUACUACUCAGCUCCUAGUUACUACCAAACAGAGGCCCCUCAAUACUACACCACCAAAGCCCAGGAAUAUUACACCACAACUUACGCUGCACCCAGUUACUACACCGAAGCCCCGAAGUAUUACUCUUCCCCUAGCUACUACACCACUAAAGCACCAGAAUAUUACACCACAGCCUAUGCUUCUCCAGCUUACUAAGCUCCCAAAUACUAGAGCUGAAAUUUCUUUUAUACGAUUUUCUUUAAAUUAUGGCGGUAAAUAUUUUUCAUUGUUACUAGUCGAUGGGUGUUAAAUGUGAAUAAAAUAAUAAAUCUAUUUAUGCGGGUAAAUAAUCUUGUUCUACUUCACCAGUCCGGAACAUUUAAAGGUUGAAUAUUAAUUAACACUAGGAUGCAGCACACAUCCUGCAUUCUUGUUGUGUGGUGGGCAUUUUCUGUUUGUUGCACUCAAACGUUCAGGUGAUUCAUACAUUGAUUUGAAGGUAA